GGUCUUUGACAACAUGUCGUCAGCGUGUUGUUGAUGUUAUUUGUGGUAGUUUGUUAUUAAGCCGUGUCUCAAGUUAUCUGUUGUGUGCCACGCGGACAAAACGCCCAAAGUGCCCCCGUGACAAUGGUUCGAAGUAGCGGGCAUCACCGAAAGCGUUCUCGUAGUAGGUCCAGAUCUAGAAGUGCUGACAGGAAAAGAAGCCGAAGAUCAAGAAGCCGAGAAAGAUCCAAGACUCAUUACAGUCGACGUAGUCGAUCACGUGAUCGAGAUUCUGAGAGAGACAGGCACAGAAAGGACAGAGAUGAGAGAAAAAGGGAAUCAAAAUCUUCAUCAAAGUCUAAAAGCAAAUCUGGCAGGGAGAAAUCUAGAUCUCCUUCCAAGGAAAAGGAGAAAAAAGAUGAGAAAGAGGAUGAAGCAUUUGACCCUACAGCCCUUGAUAAGGAAGCAGAGCAGAAAAGAUUAGAAUUAGAAAUGCAGAAACGCAGAGAAAGAAUUGAGAGAUGGCGAGCAGAGAGGAAGAAGAAGGAGCUGGAGAUUACAAAGAAGGAAAUCAAAGGAAACCUACUAGCUAAUCUUCCAGUGCCGGCAAAGAAGUGGACACUGGAAGAUGAUAGUGAUGAGGAAGAAGAAAAACAAGACAAACAGGAAAACAAGGAAAAUAAGGAAAAUAAAGAAGAAGGUGAAGCUGAAGCUGAAGCUGAAGUGGAGGAUGAAGUAGAUCCAUUAGAUGCUUUUAUGAAGGGUGUUCAAGAAGAAGUAAGAAAAGUAAAUAAACUAGACAGCAAAAAACCAGAUGGGAAACCUGGCACAGUAGUUAACAGCAACACCACAGGUGUUGUCAUAAUGACUGGUGUGGCAAAAAAGAAGGUUGACAAAAAGAAGGGAGAGUUGAUAGAACAGAAUCAAGAUGGCUUAGAGUAUUCUUCAGAAGAAGAGGAGGAAGACUUAAAUGCUACUGCAGCUGGCAUAGCCAACAAACAGAAGAAAGAGCUUGCAAAAAUAGAUCAUACUAAUGUGGAAUAUACACCUUUUCGGAAAAACUUUUAUGUCGAAGUGCCAGAGAUCACCAGAAUGACGCAAGAAGAAGUUGAAGCUUAUAAAGAGGAAUUAGAAGGCAUAAAAGUAAAAGGGAAAGGAUGUCCAAGGCCUAUAAAAACAUGGGCACAGUGUGGUGUUAGUAAAAAGGAGUUGGAAAUCUUAAAAAAGCAGAAUUACGAGAAGCCUACACCAAUUCAGGCUCAAGCGAUUCCGGCAGUUAUGUCAGGUCGUGAUCUCAUAGGAAUCGCAAAAACUGGCAGUGGAAAAACUCUGGCAUUUGUUCUGCCUAUGCUUCGGCACAUCAUGGAUCAGCCACCACUUGAAGACACUGAUGGACCAAUAGCUCUGAUAAUGACUCCUACAAGGGAGCUGUGUAUGCAGAUUGGUAAAGAAUGUCGCAAGUUUACCAAAGCUUUAAAUCUCCGAGCUGUCUGUGUCUACGGGGGAACAGGAAUAUCUGAGCAGAUAGCUGAACUGAAGCGUGGUGCUGAAAUUAUAGUGUGUACACCAGGAAGAAUGAUUGACCUGCUUGCAGCCAACAGUGGAAGAGUAACCAACCUAAGACGUGUAACAUAUGUUGUUCUGGAUGAAGCCGAUAGAAUGUUUGACAUGGGGUUUGAACCUCAGGUGAUGAGAAUAAUUGAAAAUAUUCGACCAGAUAGACAAACAGUUAUGUUCAGUGCUACUUUUCCUCGACAAAUGGAAGCAUUGGCACGAAGAAUACUCACAAAACCUGUUGAAGUUCAGGUUGGUGGCCGCAGUAUAGUGUGUCGAGAUGUUGAACAGCAUGUGGUGAUUUUGGAUGAAGAACAAAAAUUCCUCAAACUGUUGGAAUUACUUGGGCAUUACCAAGGACAGGGCAGUGUCAUUGUUUUCGUUGAUAAGCAAGAAAAUGCUGAUGCUUUAUUAAAAGAUCUGAUGAAGGCAUCAUACAACUGUAUGUCAUUGCAUGGUGGAAUUGACCAGUUUGAUCGAGACUCAACUAUUGUGGAUUUCAAAGCAGGAAAAGUCAAACUGCUUGUAGCAACGUCAGUGGCUGCCAGAGGACUUGAUGUCAAACAUCUCAUUCUUGUUGUUAAUUAUGAUUGUCCAAAUCAUUAUGAAGAUUAUGUACAUCGUUGUGGACGAACAGGCAGAGCUGGUAAUAAAGGUUAUGCAUACACAUUCAUAACACCAGAACAGGAACGCAAUGCCGGUGACAUAAUUCGUGCAUUUGAAUUGUCUCAGGUCCCUGUGCCUGACCCAUUACGGAUAUUGUGGGACAGAUACAGAGCUAGACAAGCUGCCGAGGGCAAAAAAGUUCACACAGGUGGUGGAUUCAGUGGAAAAGGCUUCAAAUUUGACGAGGCAGAAGCCCAGCUGGUCAGUGAAAAAAAGAAAUUCCAAAAAGCAGCACUGGGUCUGCAGGAUUCUGAUGAUGAAGAUUUGGAGAAUGAUAUAGAUCAGCAAAUAGAAAAUAUGCUUGCACCCAAGAGAACUGUCAAAGAAAUUAAAGCCCCAAUUGGUGUAACUCCAGGGGCUGGAGUAUUACCUGGGCAAAUGGGACCCACAGCAACUGAUAAGUUGGAAUUGGCUAGAAGAUUAGCAUCCCGCAUCAACAUGGCUAAGAACUUAGGAGCUGAGGCCAAGGGGGCCACACAACAAGCUGCUGAAGCUAUUCUGAAGGGAGGUGGAUCACAGCCACUUAUCACGGCCAAGACUGUAGCAGAACAGCUGGCUGCCAAACUGAACACGAAACUGAAUUACCAGCCGAAAGAAGAAGAUGACAAAGGUGAUGAAGAUCAAGUUGAAACAUUCCGCAAGUAUGAAGAAGAACUGGAAAUUAAUGACUUCCCACAACAAGCAAGAUGGAGAGUCACAUCCAAGGAGGCACUAGCACAAAUAAGUGAAUAUUCCGAGGCUGGCAUCACAGUACGAGGUACCUAUUAUCCCCCAGGCAAAUCACCCCCAGAAGGUGAACGUAAGCUGUACCUGGCAAUUGAAAGCACAAAUGAGCUUGCUGUAUCAAAGGCAAAGAUUGAGAUUACUAGGCUCAUCAAGGAGGAACUUCUAAAAUUACAGAGCUCAGCACAUCAUCUUAUGAACAAGGCUCGAUACAAAGUGCUUUAAGAUAAUGUGUAUAUUGGGUGUACAACUGGACAUAGGCUACAGUGUGAGAUUGAUAACAGAAACAGUCCUGUUACAGUGGAAUAAUAAAGAAAUAAUAUUGCUGGGAAUGCUGGACAGUGUUUGUUUUUCAGUAAGAAGUGAACAAAAGAACAUGGUUCAGCUUCUGGACCUAUAUUUUACCGGAAGUGCAGUAUGCAGCAUGACAGAAUUAUUUUUCUGUUUGUAUAACAAGAAAAAGGUUCUAACUCUUAUGCAGAAAGUGGAC